CCAGCACAUCUGAUUGAUCGCCUCGGACAUUCCUACCACAGACAACUUGCCAUACCACGUCCACCGCAAUGGUUACCACGGGCCUCACGUCCGCCGAAGAAGCCGCCUUCCGUCGCAAACAACUCUCUGCCCAACAGCGCGAAGAACUCCUCAAACCCUUCCUGCCCAGCGCACCGCCUACCAGCACCACUUCUAGAACCACUUCUAAAACCACUUCCACCCGCCGCGCCCAAAAACCCACCCGCAAACCCGGCCCCAUAAAGUCGCUCUUCUACUUCAGCACUUACCACCUAAUCGCCCUGCUCUUCAGCAUCUUCUUCCGCUUCCGCCGCGCCUUCCGGCUUGCAUACACCAAGCUCGUGUCUCUGCUGAAAUACCACCACCGCACGCCCGAAUUCAUCGCUGGGGAUGUCGCGGGGCUGGAGAAAUUGCCGAAGCAUCUGAGCGUGGUGGUGGAAUUGAACGAGGACGACGAGCAGCAGGGCAACGCGGGGUUGGAGGGAUUGGUGAAUGAUGUGUGUGAGAUAGCGGCGUGGGCCAGUAGUGCGGGCAUUGGGUUUUUGAGCGUGUAUGAGAGGACUGGUGUGCUUAAGAACUACCUCCCCCAAACACACACCUCCAUCGACGCAACGCUCUCCUCGUACUUCGGCCCAUUGCGCAAACCUACCCUCUCCCUGCGCGCGCCGCAUUUGUCGAGUUACUCACCGCCGUCGACGCCGCCGUCAACGUCCAAUGAGCCGCGCCAACAUCUCACUGUUCUGCUUCUGUCUGAGCACGACGGGCGCGACACUAUCGUCGAUCUGACCCGCACGCUGGCUGAGAUGGCGCAGCGAGGAGAUGUGCGCCGCGAACAGAUCAACAUGGACCUCAUUGAUGCGCAGCUGAGCGAUCAUGUGAGCAGCGAGCCGGAUCUUUUGAUUUUGUUUAGCCCCACAGUCCAGCUCAAGGGAUAUCCACCGUGGCAGUUGAGGUUGACCGAGAUUUUCCAUCUUCCUGACAACAAGGGUGUCAACUACCAAGUAUUCCUCAGGGCGCUGUAUAACUUUGCCAAGGUCGAGAUGCGUCUUGGAAGGUAGAGUGGAAUUGGGGAUUUGUACCAUUGGUUUUCUUUGUCACCCCUAUACCCGAUUUUGUAUCACAGCGCAGUAGAGAAUUGAACAUUGCCACCACUUG